UGCUCAUUUUGCCCUCAUCUUUCUCUGCAGGUGUCUGUGAUUCUCUGGGGGAGCUGCUGCACAAGUGGAAAUGCUCUCAGUGGUGGAGAACGGACUGGACCCCCGGGCUGCCAUCCCGGUCAUCAAGAAGAAGCUGGUGGGAUCAGUGAAGGCAUUGCAGAAACAGUACGUGUCCUCAGACACGGAGGUCACCAGUGAAGACGGAGAUGCCACCACCAUGCGCAGUGCCCUGGAGGCUGUGUUUCUCCAUGGCCUGCACGCCAAGCACAUCCGAGCUGAGGCUGGAGGAAAGAGGAAGAAAAGUGCCUACCAGAAGCCUCUGCCUCGGCCUGUCUUCUGGCCCCUCCUGAAAGCUGGUACCCACAAGUGAGCUCAGCCUGGAGAGGCUUUGCUUUGGGGAGGAGUUUCUGAGUGUGGGACACUUGGCUCUUCCUCUUCAGCUGUGAGGAAAACUUACAGAGCCUAUGUUCUAGUGUAGAGAUAGUGGAUGGAGACUGUUGAAGGGUUUCUCCUUGAACCAGGCUUCCCAUCAGUG